AUGGAGGAGGCCGCGGGCUACUUGCCGACAUGCUAUUCUGGGAUGCUAAAUCUGCAUGGCAUCUCUGCGCUGGCAAAAUUUGAGGGCGUUCCAGAGGGUGGCGUUCUGGGGCCUGCCGGCUUCACGACGUGGCUGAACUCCCUCACCGUGUUCUUAAAAGACAGAGGGCAUGGCCUGGGCAUUGGCUGCGCCGUGCCUUCAGUCUGGAAAAACAUCACCUGGCGAUGGCAAGGCGCACCGGACGGCGAUGCAGUGGAACAGCUGCUGGCAGGGCUUCGUGGCCAUGUGCCUCUGCCCAAUCCUGACAGCGUUCAGCACAAUGAUGCCUUAAUGGCUUCAUGCCUUCGCGCCAUGGAUAUUGCGGCUCCUUCACGCAUCAAUUUGGUGUUGCACGCAGACGACCCUGUUAUUGUUUGCUCAAGCCAGGGUGCUGCCAUGGCAGUGCUCCAUGAUCUUGCAAGGUGGGCUUAUGCGCACAAAGCUGCUUUCCAUGUGGGGCCUGAGAAGACUGUUGUGCUUCUACCUGACGGUGACAUGGAUCCGCGUCUGGUUCUUCCGCUCAUUGGUGCUGGUCCAUGUCCCAUACAGACAAAGACCAGGCACAAGUGGUUGGGGCUCGUGUGGCCUGCAAACCUUGAUUUUGCUUCUGCGCUGGAGUCGGCCUUGCAGAAAGGAAACCAGCUUGUUGCUGACAUUGUCAGUCUCCUGGACUCAGGUGGCCUGCCGCUUUGUUUCGCACUGUGUCUUUUUGACGCAAAAGUUGAGGGCAGCGUGCGUUUCGGGAGAUGGCUGCUGGCCACUGCUCCAGGAGCUUUGGAUAGGUAUGAUGCUGCCUACGACCGGUGGGCGUGUGCUCUUCUUCAAAGUCCUCCCUGGCGCUCUGCUGCCAUAGCACACCUGGAGCUGGGCUGGACACUGUGUGGACGUCACCGCGCCAUUCUUGACAUUGCUGGAAGGCGGGCCAGGCUGUGGGCGCUGCCUGAGGGGGACAUUUAUGGUGAGGUCUUCAUCAAGUCACACGCGGUGCCGCUCUCCUGGGCACGUAAGAGCUUAUCCUUACUGGAAGAGCGUGAUAUCCCGGACUAUCCCGAUGCGGGCUGCAGUUCAGUCAAGUCAUAUCUCUCCAUGGUCCGCUCUCUGCUGUCUUCUGCCGCUGCUGCUGCCCUCUGGUCGUCUUGCUCGGGUCACGUCGUUCCUUUUCCCUUCUCCUUGCUGUCGUCUGGUCCCUCCCCUCUCCCUGCUGCUCUCCUUUCUGUUUCUCUGCCGUGGGAUGCUCUGCUGGGACAUAGGGCCUUGUGUCGGCUGAGAGCUGGCACACUUGACUUGGCCCAUGUAAAUGGGAAGAAGUCCCGUGCCAAAGUUCGUUGCUGCCUCUUUGUGACAAAAAGACGUGGGCAUCUUACAUCCACGUGCUGGGUGAAUGCCAAAUCAGCUUCAGACCUGAGCUGUGCGAUGCUCUUUCCAGCUGCUGCGUGUGUUGCGCUGACCAUCGAGCGGGAGAGCAAACGCUUCUGGGAGCGAGCUGGCUAA